CGGCAUGAGCUCCACGCAGUUCAACAAGGGGCCCUCGUACGGGCUCUCGGCCGAGGUCAAGAACCGGCUUCUGUCCAAGUAUGACCCUCAGAAGGAGGCGGAGCUCCGCGGCUGGAUCGAGGGACUCACAGGCCUGUCUAUUGGCCCCGACUUCCAGAAGGGUCUGAAGGAUGGAAUUAUCCUGUGCACACUCAUGAAUAAGCUGCAGCCGGGCUCAGUCCCCAAGAUCAACCGCUCCAUGCAAAACUGGCACCAGCUAGAAAACCUCUCCAACUUCAUCAAGGCCAUGGUCAGCUACGGCAUGAACCCUGUGGACCUGUUCGAGGCCAAUGACCUGUUUGAGAGUGGAAACAUGACACAGGUGCAGGUGUCUCUCCUGGCUCUGGCAGGGAAGGCCAAGACUAAGGGGCUGCAGAGUGGCGUGGACAUCGGCAUCAAGUACUCAGAGAAGCAGGAGCGGAACUUUGAUGACGCCACCAUGAAGGCGGGCCAGUGUGUCAUCGGGCUCCAGAUGGGUACCAACAAGUGUGCCAGCCAGUCAGGCAUGACGGCCUAUGGUACAAGAAGGCAUCUGUACGACCCCAAGAACCAUAUCCUGCCACCCAUGGACCACUCAACCAUCAGCCUGCAAAUGGGCACCAACAAGUGUGCCAGCCAGGUGGGCAUGACGGCUCCUGGGACCCGGCGGCACAUCUAUGACACCAAGCUGGGGACCGACAAGUGUGACAAUUCCUCCAUGUCUCUGCAGAUGGGCUACACACAGGGUGCCAACCAGAGCGGCCAGGUCUUUGGCCUGGGCCGGCAGAUAUACGACCCCAAGUACUGCCCACAAGGCCAAAUGGCUGACGGGGCUCCAGGGUCAGUUGGCGACUGCCCAAGCCCAGGGAAGGCCCCGGAGUACCCUCCGUACUACCAAGAGGAGGCGGGCUACUGAGGCCCCAUCCUUGCAGAGUGUCUCCUCACGCCAUCGUCCCAUCGGGAAUUUGGGGGUUUUCUACGUUUUCAUCUUGUUUUUCUAUGUGUUUAAGUUGAGGGUCUGUGAAAGCCAGAUCCAAAUGCAUAUAGGGUGGGGGUCCCUGCUAGGGCACACCCAGGUAGCAAAUUUCCCAGCAGGCUUAG